AUCCUCCGAUAGAUCGUUACAUAUUCAUCAGACACAAACUCAGUCAGGAUGCCCUGGUCUGCAAGUUACGGGGCAUCCAAUCGGCGCAAUAGUGGGACCGUGUUGCAAUUUUUCGACGCGUACGUCAUGAGCUAUGGGAAUGUGGGGGAUUAGACUGGUCUGGAUGGAAGAGGAGCAGAGAAGAAACAGAAGAAACCUUGAGGGGAGAGAGGAGAGAGAGGACACGCGGCUAUCGCGCAGUCAUAGGACAGAGAGAGAGGGAGAGGGCGACAAAGUUACAGAGAGGGUCAAUAUGAGGGGUUUUGUUUAUGUUGAUGGCUCCCUCUUGUUUCUUUGGCUUGGUUUGACAGCUGGAGAUCAGCCUCGUCUCUUGAUUUGGACCAGUGGGCAGCAGUAGUUCAGGGGCAUUGUGGCAAAACAAGUGCUCUGUGUGUAGUGCCAUGAGUCGUUAAACCUCCUGAGGCUUUACCUACCCGAGGGACUUCCUCCACAGGCCACAAUCUGUAUACCCGCGAUAACACAGAAAUGAGACUUGUUCUGCUUGAUCAAGAAAUGCCCGGACGUUGAAUGUGUCGUCAGUAUGCAACUCAGCGUUACAUUGGCACAAUCCCAGCCCUGCUCGAUCCCCUGCUCUGCAAGCUGUAGAACUUCUUCCUCUUCCAUCCCAUGCAAGGCUGCCCUCCCAACGAAAGAAAGGAUCUGACUCAACUUCAGUAGCACGUCCCACUAAAAAGAAAGCACUAGCACAAGGCUUGCUUGCUUGCCUUUGUCUUUCUAGCGCCGUUAAAGGGUUUUCUUGGUACAAAAUCAGGAAAAGAAAGGAAGAAAAUUCAAGAGUGUCCAAUCGGUUGAAACUGUUUUAUCGGGAUACCAAACUAAAAAGGGCGAUGGGAGGAUCCACUUGAGCUUUAGCUCAGAGGCUGCAUAUGUAUGCAAACUUGCGUAGCUCGAAUCAAGGAAAGGGAUGCGGAUAAAAAUGGUGCAGAGCAGUGUGCAAGGGGGUCGAUCCAAUAUUGAUUGACAGUAAUGAAUGAAGAUGAGGAUAAGGAUCAACCAACAUCGAUCAUAAAUCUACUGUACCUAGUCUAAUCCACUUCUUUAUUAAAACAAGGAGAGCAAGCGAAAAAGCUUGAACUACUUUAAUAUCUUACUCUCCCUUACCCUUCCCCAGUCAGUUCGAUCAAUUGAUUAUUCGUUCCUCGCAUUAUCCUCCUUUUCGUCAUCAUCAACAAAUUGACUUCUCCUUGAAGCUUAUCAGGGAGCUCUUUUCGACAUCUCCAAUCAGCUCACUCCUGAUUAAAAAAAAAGGCCUCUAAGCAGGACCCAAAUCACCCCCCACGAUCGGAACGCCCACACAUACACACACACUCCUCAGGUCACCACACCUCUUUCUAAGCCGUCGUACGCGUGGCCGGCCCGUCCAAUCGUUUUCUCUGCAGCUUCCUUUACGGUUUUACGGUUAUUCAGCUCGGGCUGCGCGCACCAGCGAGGCUGUCAGGAGGGAAAACCCACCUGCUUUGAAGAAGGACUUUUGAAUCGGGGGCCUCGUCAUCUUUCGUUACAAACAACCUUCGUUACAGUUUUUGGCUUUUGUCGAAAGGGACAGGAAACCUUGGAAGGAAGGGAGACAGAAAAGGUUAAGCCUCGUCGAUCGAUCGUUUGCGACACAAAGCUCUCUUGUCUUGGGAUCACUAUCUUUAUACUACGCCCUAUCCGUUCGAUCUUUUUCUCUGGAAAUCUUCUGGUAUUGUUAUAUCGGCCCACGAUGCGCUCGCCAAUCUCGCUCCUCAUCUUGCUCUGCGCAUUCAUGGCUUUAGCAUGUGCUACUGAAGUUCACAUCUCGAAUAACAGAGCUCCCACAUCUCAAUUCGCGACACAUGGUGUUGCUUCCCAAUUACCUUCCCGCGACCGAGCCAUUCACGCCCAAGACCGCGCGCGACAAAUCGCCUUAUCGCAAAUGAUCGGCUCAAGCGCAAAAAUAUCCAUCGUCGAGACCGCGUCUCUCAAUGUCAAGGCCUUUGCUCAUGGCGGCAUGAGCUUCCUCUUCGGUCUGGCAUCUUCUUCCAACGACGUACUCGAUUACAUCAACAACGGCACGAACUCGGUAUUUUCACGAUCCGUUACCAGCGAAGAAGGCAGUGGAGCUUCAGGGCGGAAGCACGUUGCUUAUACCAGCAUCGCCCUGGUUCUCGUCAUGCUCUUCUUUGCUGUGUGGAUGUGAAAAACAAACUGCACAGAGAUAUAGCAUUUACUCUUUUUCGCGCGCAUAUCAUGAUACCCCUACCGGAUUUGGCGUUUUAUCUGGGUCGGCUUUUUUGCAUUUAUUAUUUACUCAUUAUUUACUUUCUUGCACUUCGGUGUUGCUCCCCUGAGUGGAUGCUGGUUCAUGGUUUGGAGAUACAUUCCUUGGUGGAGCUGGGCAGCUGUGCUGCAUCCGGAAGAGAGUGUUGGUUGAAUGGAUGGAUGGAUGGUUGAAUGAUUAUGGUUUGAUAACUAAUGAUGGCUACGUAAUGACGUGUUUGGAAUAUGAUGUACAUCACAUCAAGGGUUGGGUUGGGCAUAUGCCGGGGAGACAGACAACUUCUGACAUCUAGUCAGGAUGCCAAAAUAAACUGGUCUAAAGGCCCACCAAGAUAUGCUAAACUUACCUAGGUCUUUUCAUCACUUAAGUAGAGGUCCUGGGUUUUCAUGCCUCCCCUAGGCAUAUUCCAAGGAAUACAGAUAGAGUACAUGGGAGGAAAUCAAGCACAGUGUUGCAGUCAGUUUCUUGGCGUUUUGAUAGAGCUUCAACAUUAGGGUCUAAUCAAAUAACAGAUAUUGAGCUUCGACUUCCUCCACUGCAAACAUGUAGGAUUGGCU